AUGUCCACCUCUUCGGGGGCCCCGGAGUCUUGGAUAUCUUCCUUCUGCUCUUUACUCGGCCACGAGUACUUUGCUGAAGUCUCGGAGGAGUUCAUCGAAGAUGACUUCAACCUGACGGGCCUGCAAAACCAAGUUGCCAUGUACAAGGAGGCGCUUGAGAUGAUCCUCGACGUAGAACCCGAGGAGGACGAAGACGAGGAGGAGGAGGAAGAGGAAGACGAGGAAGAAAAUGAUUCGGGAGAUCAAGAUCGGCUUGGGCCUAGGCACGACCGAAGGCAACACAGCCGGAUGGCGAGCGACCUUAGCGUGAUUGAGUCUUCAUCCGAGAUGCUCUACGGCUUAAUUCACCAGCGCUUCAUCUGCUCCAGGGCCGGAAUUCAGCAAAUGAGCGAGAAGUACGAAUUGGGACACUUCGGCUGCUGCCCCCGCACGAACUGCGACCAAGCGAGGACACUUCCCGUUGGCUUGUCCGACAUACCUGGCGAGGAUACUGUCAAGCUCUUCUGUCCUGCUUGCCUUGACGUCUACGUCCCCCCCAACAGCCGGUUCCAGACCGUCGACGGUGCUUUCUUCGGCCGUACUUUUGGCUCCCUCUUCCUCCUUACGUUUCCGGAGUACGACUUGACCAAGCGUGGUGCCGAUGUCCUGAGCAGCGGUGGCGCACGCAUCAACGACGACCUGCUCGAACAGAUCAACGGCAUGUACUCCAAGAACAUUGGGCCGGGACUGGGUGCGGGCCGGAUAUACGAACCCAGGAUUUACGGCUUCCGCGUCUCGGAAAUCGCCAAGUCGGGCCCUCGUAUGCAGUGGCUCAGGGACAGACCGGAUGACAUGACGGAGCUGGAUGAGGCGCGGAUUUACGCAGAGGAGCACCCUGAUUCUGAAGAGGAGGAUGAGAGCAUGGGUCGCAAUGGUAGGCCAGCUCCUCGACGCCGCGCACCUCGUGGCAACGCACGCCUUCGCCAGCAGCGGCAAGCCCAGAACGGAAGCCCAAUGAACGUUGAGACGAACGGUGCCGAGUCUGAGCUCUGA